AUUGAUUAUUAUGCAGGAAGAUUUUUUAGAAUUGAAACAUGUCACACUUAAUGAAAAAAGCGUGCCAGGGUCAAGAGCCAGUGUUGCCACAUUGAUUGCAUCAAAGAUGCCACCAACCAUUUCUGUAGGCCCUGGAACAUUGAAGUACUUCCUUCCUUUGGUCCAGAAAAAUGCAUCAAGAGGUUUCUCCGUUACGCAGCUGGUCUCCAGGUUUGCCACCCUCAACCUCCGACAUGUUCAAUCUCCAACUAUAUCCGCAGUAACCAAACUGGGGGCACCUUUGGACAGUAACAUUAUUUGUGCACAUAAAGUCUCUGCUCUCAAGAGCGUGCCUCAUCAUGCUCCUAGUUUUCAACAGCCAGUGAGAGCCCUGACUUACUGCAGUCUGCGCAAAGGAAAACGGAAGUCGGUGAAAUCUGUUGUCAAAAGGUUCCUACGGUUGCACUGCGGUCUGUGGGUGCGGAGAAAGGCAGGUUACAAGAAAAGACUGUGGAAGAAAAGAGCUACAAGAAAACGUCGACUCCGACAGCAUGUCUUCUGCAACAGGACCCAAAGCAAAAUGCUGGACAAGAUGACGACGGAUUUCUGGAAAAGGCGGAACUGGUAUGUGAAUGAUCCUUACCAGAUGUAUCAUGAUCGAACAAACCUGAAGGUUUGAAUAUUUGUGACAAUUCUGGCAAAAUUUUCAGCUGUUCACUGCAUUAAUCCAGAAACAGAAGAAACACCAAAUAUGUUUGGAGUUUAAUGCUGACCAACCUUUUCCAGAAUAACUGACUGUUAAUAUCGGAAAGCUAGGAGACGUUGCUAUAUUUCUUGUAACAUUUAUCUGUACUCUUUAAUGCUCCAUAAUAAAACUUCCAAUCCAUGUAA